GCCAAUCAGAUGAGCCUGUGGGAGCAGGAAGCUGAUAGUGACCAACAGGAGACCCCACCUCACAAGCCUGUUUGGAUCUGAUAUGAAUCAGCAGCAGAGGCUCUCAGAGGUGUCCUCUUACAGAGGCAUGUCCGCCCCUCAGAUGUUUGACACCAGCUCUUCUGUAAUCGUCAUGACCCACGGGUCAGAACUUUCCCCUGGAACCAGCAGCGCGAGACGCGAGGAGAAGACGAACCCCGUGGUCCAAGCCGUCAGUCCACACCUGACCAAAGUCAUGCAGCUCGGUACCGCCACACCUGUGACGACCCAACAGGACCACAGCUUGUCCAUUGUGGCUCAAGCUGAAAGAGAAGAUUUGCAGGAGUUCAGCCUCUCCAACACUCAGCGGCUCGCCUCCAGAUCUCAGCUCUACCAACGGCUCAGACCUCUAAGUGAAGACGCCUUCCUUGUCAGUGAUGAGGAGGAGGAGGAAGAGGAGGAGGCAGCUUGGAACGAGCUUUUACAUCAGCAGCUCCGCAGAAAGCAACGCAGGAAGACUCGAAGCAGACAGAGGAGGCUAAAGGAUGGAGGAGAACCUCCUGUCAUCCAGGGUCUGUGGGUCCAGGAGAUAGACUGGUUGAAGAUGACAUCAUCCACUGAGAUCAUCCCGCCUCCUCCUCAGUUUACAGACUCCUGCUGUCAUGGCAACCACCUGCAGACGGGCCAUGCAUUUGAUGACAGCAGAAGUUCUGACUGCGGGUCCAUCAUCACUCAUGAGGACAAGUCGGACUCAUCCUGCCGCGCUGAUACCGCUCUGCCUGGAGCCCAAACAAACAUGUCAGGUCUGACCUUUGACCUGAUGCACAUCUCUGGAUUUGACACCUCCCAUCAGUCAGAGUGGGAUUCUGACUCUAGUCUGCAGGGAGUUUCAGACUCUUCGCUGAGCAGCGUGAACUCAUCCCAAAGGACCUGUAGUUCUGGUUCUGAGCCCGACUCUGAAGCGUUAAGAGGCAGAGUGAUUCAGAUCCCAAAGCUGCUUGUUACAGCUUUAUUCAGAGAGUCAGUGGAACAGAUUCUGGAUGGCUGGAAGACGAAUAAACCUGCAAAUGAAGGAUUCAUAUUUCAUCAUCUGCUCCAACCCAGUACCAGUUACCAGUACAGGGAAGGAGUGGAGUACAGUGUUCUCCACCACAUCCAGAACGGCUCCUACGGAGACGUGUUCUGUGUCCAGGACAAACACACCGGGUUUACAUGUGCUGCUAAAAGGAUCCCUCUGCGUCACUUCAGCGUGGAGGAGGUGAGAACGUGGAGCACCCUGAACUCUCCUCGCGUUGUUGAGCUGUUCGGAGCUGUGAGAGACGGACUGAAUGUUGUUCUCUUCAUGGACCAGAAACCAGCUUGUUUGGGCCAGGUCCUGAAGGAGGUGAGCUGCCUGCCUGAAGACCUGGCCCUGCAUUACCUUCACCAGACACUGGGGGCACUGGAGCACCUGCACCACAGAAAGGUGCUUCACCUGGACGUGAAAGCGGAGAAUGUGCUGCUGUCUGCAGACGGCAGGGACACGUUCCUCUGUGACUUUGGUCUCUCAGAGAUGUUGGAUGGCAACAGGGGGAGCUCCAAGGCUUUCAGAGGAGCUGCCUUCCCCGGCACAGAGACCCACAUGGCCCCCGAGGUGGCCCGAGGGGAUCCGGCUUGUACCAAAGCUGACGUGUGGAGCAGCUGCUGUAUGCUGCUGCACAUGCUCAAUGGCUGCCAGCCUUGGACCCGUCACUUCUCCCAUCCACUGUGUCUCCACAUUGUACACGAGCCUCCACCUUUGUGGGAGGUGCCGUCCACUUGCAACAACUUCACCGCUAAAGUGUUCAAAGCUGGACUCCAGAAGAACCCAGACAGACGAGCAUCAGCACAGAAGCUCAGGAGGAGGACCAGCAAAGCCCUCAGAGCAGUUGGAGGUCUGAGUCCAUCUUCCAUCAAAUCCACCUGUCAGAGGUUGUAUGGAUCACAGAAACACAGCUCUAGUGUCCCAGAUAAACCAGCUGUCUCAACUCCAGAUGUGUUCUGGGUCAGCCCCUGGAGAACCCAGGCAGUGGACCAGGACAGCGAUGAGUGGGAUGGUGACACCUCGGAUCUGGAGUCUGAGAUUGGCCCUUUAACCAAAGAAUGGGACUCCUGUCCUAGAUCACUGUGGGACCAAGUGGACUGGGAAUCCGGUUCUGAAUCAGAUGUGGAUAUUUACAUGGGAGAGGAGGAGAAUGUUCAGGAGACCUGUCGGAAAACCGACAAAAACUAUGAAGGAGACUGGGAGGAGGAGGAGGAGGAUGAAGACUGUGACUCCUCUGCCUCCACAGAGUAUCUCCAUGCUCUCAGAGGUGUUUUCCCUUUGCUGCAGAAAGGUUUGCAGAUGGAUGAUGUUUCAUGGGGAUCUGGGGCAGAGCUGGAAGGCCUCAGAGAAGAUGUACCUGUAGGCACCAUGUUCCCGACUCCGUCCCCAGAGCCUCGAGAUGAGCCACCAUCCUGUUUGAGCUGCUCUGACUCCUCACAAAUCAACAAAUCCGAGACGGACUCUGACCAUUCCUCUGAUGACCUCAGCUCUGGUGUCUUCUCUUCCUGCAACAGCCAAGCGGACACACGUGUGGAGUGGUUAAUGUCAGCCAAUCAGACGUCCUCUUGCUGCUUUGAGGGUGUUGACAUCUGGAUCGAGAACACUCAGGGGGAUUGUUUGAGGAUCCGAGAACAUCGCCGGGUCAAAGUGGGUCACGUUGCCAUAGGAAUCAGUGAUCAGAUGUCAGGGAAAGCCUUCAGUUUGGAGACUCUGGACAGGAAGACGGUGUCCUUCGACGAGCAGAUAGAGGAGUCUGGUUCGUGGUUCCGUUGUGUUCCUGCUCCAGAUAGAUGUCAGCGCUGGAGGUGGAGGAUCCGGGACGGCAGGCUGGAGCUCCGGGAAUGAGACGGUUUCUGGUGCUGCUCAUUUUAGAAGAAAUCCUUCUUGAAACCAUUGUUUUUUUUUUUUUGUUUUUUUGUUAGUUUGUUUUUCUUAAAGCCUGAAGCACAUAAACGGACCAGAUUCAGUGACAAACAGCAAACAACUCUCAGGAUCAAUAUGUAGGGCUGGAUUUUAAGGUUUAUCCACAAGGAAUUCUGCAGAAGGAGAAGGUAAACAGCAGAAAUCCUCCGACGUGUUUCAGACACUGAGCUGCUGGCUGUUGAGGAGAAAACAUUCCUCUGAUUAGAGGACAUCCAGCAGCUCUGGAGCGGCGCCUGUUUGAACAACCAUCUGCUGACUCAUCAGAUCAGGCUUCACGUUUCCAAACUACAGCCUUGGAUUUCUGGUCCUAACAUGGAUACAAAACCUGUUGUUUGUUUGGGAAACUGCUCACACUAGUUCAGCAUUUUGAGCUGGUUUAGCGUUUCUAAAGCCUUUUUAGUAAAUUCCAACUAUUCUGACCUUUGACCUCUAACAUUAACAGAUAUGCUGGAAGUCUGAGUCCUGGGGUCACUAUCCAGCUUGUUUUGGUUGUUUUCCUGCCUAAAACACCUGAUUUUAAUCAGCAGCAGAGCAACCGGCGUCUUCAGAGCUUGAUGAGUUGCUGAACAGGUGAUUCAACCAUUGAAUCAAAUGUGUUGGAGCAGGGAAACGGCUAAAUCAUACAAACUCAAAAUAUUGUAUCGCCUUUUGUGGAAUGUCAAAACGUUUUAGCUUUUUAAAAACUGCUAAUUUUCCAUCCUUCUACAAAAGAGAAUCCUUAAAAGAUAAAUGGCCUGUGUUUAGCACCUUCUAGAGUCCUAAUGCCCCCAAUCACUUUACAACACAAUCAAUCAUUCACCCAUUCACACCCUUGUGGUGAUGAGCUGCGUGUGUAGCCACAGCUGCCCUGGGGCACACUGACUGAGGAGAUGCUGCCGAGCACAGACUCCACCAGUUCCUUCGACCACCACCAUCAGCCAAUGUGGGUGAAGUGCCUUGCCCAAGGACACAACGACAGCAGCAGACUAAGCUCAGAUUGAACCUGCAAACUUCUGAUUGCAAGGCAGUCACUUAACUCCUCUGCCACCAUCGUUUUAAAGUCUUCUCAUGUUCACUACUAAAAGUUAAAAUGUUUGUGUAUUCGGGUGUGUUUUAAGAUUUAUAUUUCAUGGGAAACUUUUAAAAUCCUUAAAUCUUGAGUAUUUCUGGUUAUUUAUUACUCCAUCCAUUUUCUGAGCCCGCUUGUCCACGCAGGGUCACGGGGGGGGGGGGGGGGGGGGGGGGGGGGGCACUGGUGCCUACCUCCAGCGGUCAAUGGCCAAUCAGGCGGGGUACACCCUGGACAGAGAGCCAGUCCAUCGCAGGGCAACACAGAGACACACACACCUAGGGACAGUUUAGACAGACCAAUCAACCUAACAGUCAUGUUUUUGGACUGUGGGAGGAAGCCGGAGUACCUGGCAAACUCCAUGCAGAAAGACCCCAGGCUGGGAAGCGAACCCUGGACCUUCUUGCUGCAAGGCAACAGCUCUAACCACUGCUCCACUGCGCAGCCCUAUUUAUUACUCAAUAAGAAAAUCAUUAUCUAAAGGCCUUUGUGUUUUAUAGAUCCUUAUUUUUGUCUCAGGCUUUCUAUUUGUCAGAACAUCCUAUUGUGAAUGUUUAAGCACUAGUACAGAAGUGAGUGACUUUGUAAUUAAAGGUCUGUCUGUUAGAGUAAUGUGAAGUUAACCAUGUAUGAACUCCAAGUUAUGCAACCACUGUUCCCUGAAGAAGAGGAACGAGUGGUAUAUGGGACGUCACGCCACAUGUGGCCUGGCUGAAGAAGGCAAAUUACGCCAGGUUGUGGGCCUACCCAGGGUGGACUGGCCAUCUGUGAGUUCUGGAGAUAUUCCAGGGUUGAAUUUUCGUCCCAGUCAGCCCCUGGCUCCCCCCACCCCCAGAUGAACCUUUAAAGUAGAGAAGGACAAACCCUUGUUCAGCAACUCCUGCAGAAACGUUAGCACAUCCACAACAGAGCUCUACGAAGGAACCAUGGUUCUGACCAGACUCCAUUGCUCAAAAUCCCUCCAUUUAUAAGCAUAAAAGCCCGUAUUAGAGUAAGCUCUCGAACUCUGAACUGUGGCUACCGCUGCUGGAGGAAGACCCCUAGCUAGUUUGAAGCUGCCAUUCCCCCCCCCCCCCCCCCCCCCCCCCCCAAUAAAAAGCAAAAUGCCAUUUUAAGUUGUGGAAAGCAAAAGCUGUUUAGACCUAGAAACUAUGACUGGUGUUCAGCAAGGGAACAUGACCUAGGGAUGAAAGCCAACAGGAGAGGUGAGAAUAAUUUAGCAGAUUUGCCCAUGCCACUUUAAAGAUAUGAGAAACGGAAGGAACCUGACCUUUUGACUGAGAUUUUCAUUUCCCGACUCCCAUGGCAAGAGCAAAUCUCGCUCAGAAAAUCCUUCAACAGUAUUUGGCCUGGAAAAUUACUGUGGCCACCCUGAAACCAAGCCAGGUGUUGGGCCCGUGCGAAUGCCUGAUGGCUGGGCUUAGCAUUCUGGUGUCAUGGACUUGUCUACUUGUGGACCCACCACCUGCAAGAGGAGCAUGAUGGGUCUGUGUUGGCCAGACCGAGGUGGUAGCGCUAGCAGUUGGAUCCUGAAUGUUUGGAACAUGGAAUGACAAGGAAGGAGCUGGGACUUGUGGAAGAGAUUGAGCAGUACUGGCUGGAUAUAGAUGGACACGUUUCUACACAAUAGCCUUAGCUCCUGGCGUUGAGCUCUCUUCAUCACUGGAGAAAGGCGAAGACCCGAUGCGGCUGGUGAACCUCAGACUGUCAACCUGUAUGUUGAGGUUUACCCAAGAGAAUGAAAGUUUCCUUAUGUGCCCAAAAGCAGCUCAGAGUACCUACCCUUUCUGUGUUGAAAAUGUCAGCUUGUUGUUUGCUGGCUCUCAAACAGAACAACAAAGAAUCAUUCAUUCUUCCACUUACAUGAUUUGGACUAUUUUUUGACAUAUAUGAAAUAAACAUUGUACAUACCGGUA